AUGGCAUCAGCAAUUUACUUUUGUGAUAUUAAAGGUCGUCCGUUACUAUCAAGGAAAUAUAGAGAUGAUAUCCCAUUGACAGCCAUUGAUAAAUUUGCAUCACUUUUAGCUGACUUAGAAGAAGAAUCAAGUGUGAUACCUCCAUGUUUGACAUAUAAUAAUACGCAAUACCUUUUUAUCCAACACAGUGAUAUAUAUUUAGUUGCUAUAACGAAUCUAUUGAGAACGAAUAUUGCUGAAGUAUUUGCAUUCUUAUAUAAGAUUAUUGAUGUCCUUGGAGAUUAUUUGAAAACGGUGGAAGAAGAAUCAAUCAGAGAUAAUUAUGUUAUCAUUUAUGAGUUAUUGGAUGAGUUGAUGGAUUAUGGUAUUCCACAGAUUACAGAGACUAAAAUGUUGAAGCAAUAUAUUACACAGAAAUCAUUCAAAUUAGUGAAAGCAGCUAAAAAGAAACAAAAUGCUGCGAGACCACCAUCUGCCUUGACAGAUUCAGUUAGUUGGAGAUCUGAAGGUAUUAAAUAUAAGAAAAAUGAAGCAUUUUUGGAUAUUGUUGAAUCAAUAAAUAUGUUAAUGACUCAAAAGGGGCAAAUAUUAAGAUCGGAAAUUUUAGGUGUAGUGAAGAUUAAGUCUCGUUUAUCAGGUAUGCCAGAUUUAAAACUAGGUAUCAAUGAUAAGGGGAUAUUUUCCAAACAAUUAACUGAGGAUGAUACAAAUAAUAACGCUACUUCGAAGAAACAAAAUAAAAUUGAAUUAGAAGAUUUGAAAUUCCAUCAAUGUGUAAGAUUGAGUAAAUUUGAAACUGAAAAAAUAAUCACGUUUAUACCACCUGAUGGAGAUUUCGAAUUAAUGAAUUAUAGAUUAUCCACUUCCAUUAAACCAUUAAUUUGGUGUGAUAUGAAUGUUCAAGUCCAUUCCAAUUCAAGAAUUGAAAUACAUUGUAGAGCGAAAGCACAAAUUAAAAAGAAAUCGACCGCUACUAAUGUUGAAAUACUUAUUCCAGUACCUGAAGAUGCGGAUACACCAAACUUUAAAUAUUCUCAUGGUUCGAUAAAAUGGGUCCCUGAAAAGAGUGCUAUUCUUUGGAAAAUAAGGAGUUUCCCAGGUGGUAAAGAGUAUUCUAUGGCAGCAGAAUUAUGUUUACCAUCCACUUCUAGUAAGUCUGAGGAGGUCCAAAAUAAAAAACCUGUGCAAGUUAAAUUUCAAAUACCUUAUUUCACGACAUCAGGCAUUCAAGUUCGUUACUUGAAGAUUAAUGAACCAAAAUUACAAUAUAAAAGUUAUCCCUGGGUUAGGUAUAUUACACAAAGUGGUGAUGAUUAUACUAUUCGUUUAAUUUAA